AGAUAAAACGUCUUGGAUGUUUGUGUCGUCCAUUUACGUUUUCUAGCAAAGUAAAAGAUUUUCGGAUAAAGAGGAAGUAAGAAGCGUUUUUUUCAAGUAUGCCAGAGAUGACUAUUUUACACCGUGCCCUGGUAGCGGCUAAAGAAGGGGACUUACAAGGACUUCAAACGCUUCAGAGAAACCAUGAGCUGGCACCUCACAUUCAAGACGAAUUUGGUGCAUCGUGUGUUCAUUAUGCAGCUCGUGGAGGACAUGUUAAAGUAUUGGAAUUUUUAGUCAAGAAGUGUGGAAUGAGGGCUAAUACUCGUUCCUUUGUUGGCGCUUCACCAGCACACGACGCAGCAGCCAUGGGGAAAUUAAACGCCCUCGUGUGGCUACUAAAGCAUACUGACUGUCUUCUGUGGGACAGAGACAAAGAUGGCGCCACUGUAUUGCACAUCUCUGCAAGGUACGGUCGUCGAAGUGUUAUCAAGUGGCUACUGCGGGAAGCCAAGAUGCCGGCCUUAGAGAAGACCAGUACUGGUGCUCUAGCUCUGCACUACGCAGCAGCUAAGGGAUGCCUAGACUGUGUGAAGCUAUUGCUGGAGACUUGUACUGAACUUAGUGCUAAUGCUCAGAUGGAGAAUAACGUAACGCCUGUGUACUUAGCCGCUCAGGAAGGACAUCUGGAUGUACUCAAGCACCUAGUAGUCUCUGCUGGUGGCUCCCUCUCGCUGCGAGCAAUCGACGGUAUGGCACCAAUCCACGCCUCUGCUCAGAUGGGAGCAUUAAAGUGUCUGAAAUGGAUGGUUGAAGAACAAGGUGUGGAUCCCAACUUACAAGACAAGGAUGGAGCCACUCCAGUUCACUUUGCUGCCAGUAGAGGGCACGUUGAUACUUUGCGAUGGCUUCUAAGACAUGGUGGUCGAAUAUUAUUAGAUAAAUUCGGGAAAAGUCCUCUUAAUGAUGCAGCGGAAAAUGAACACUUAGAGUGUCUUGCUCUUUUAGCGGCACAUGCUUCAGACCCUCGUCACCAGGUCGGAAUGUCAGUAACACUGACACCUGCUGGACUACUACCAGUACCUGUCCAGCGUUGCUGCUCAUCCUGUCAAGUCCAGUCACAUUACAAACGUCCUUCUACUUCACACGUAAGAAAGGGUUCCGACAGUUGUUCAUGUCGAUCUACAACAUCAGACGAAACUAACUCCUGGUCUGACGACUACCCAUCAGACGUUACUGGAAGUAGUCAUCAAUCCAUGCAAGAAAGUGUCCCACAAAGCUCUAAUCACCACCAUUCUCUGAGUCAUUCAAGAAGUUGCAAUGUUUGUGGUCUUCACGCAAAAGAUAGCCACAAAUCUCAUCGUCAGCACGGGCAUUACCAUCGCCGAAACCAAUGUUCACAUCAAAGACAAACGCCAGACAUUGCUUUGAACAAUAAGACAAGGCAUCAGAGAACAGCCAGCGAUGAAAGUUCACGAGGUUCUCGCAUGGAUAGCUAUAAAGAACUAUUCGCAGGAAGCCUAAACGAAACAAACCAAGAGCCUUUCUAUCUACAUGAAUCUAACAUGACUUCUGAUGAUCGGGUCAAAAAACUGUUCGAGGCGCCUUCUGGUGAUAAACAACAGCCAUCAAGUACGGACACUUCAAUUUCAAAUCCCAAAUCGUCGUGUAGUGUUACUACUAGAGUCGUGACUGUAGAAAUCCACCAAUCAACUUCGGAUGAUGUAAUGAGUACGUCUGACGUUAGUGAUCCGGUUCCCGAUUACAAUGACCCUGUGGCACGUGUGUAUUCUAAUAGCAGACAAGAGCCAAUUGAAGGUUCUUCCGAGAACCCAUUUGUUUCAGGAGAGCAAUCAUUGACUUCGUCUGAAGCCUGUAGCACGAGUACAGAUGAAGGGAUUUACCAAGAAGUUGAAAACGAAGGUCCAGAAGACGACGACGAAGGCGUUUUUUCUGGUGAUCCUUCGGAACCGCAAAAAAGCAAUGAUCCAGAAACAACUUUUAAUAGAAAUUCUGGAAAAAUAAACGAUAGUGAUAAUGGAUCUCUAAUUGUACCACAAACUUUGAAUGAGGAAAAUAAUACUGAGGUUCUUGAAGGUCCUUCAGAUGCCAGCGUUUCCUUUGCAGCCUCAAAGAAUGCCAUUGAUUCGCCCAAAUCUGAAGAAGGAAAUAAACAAAUAAAUAAUUCUCAAGUAGAAAUCAAAGUAAAACCUGCCUUAGAAGGAAAGAAAAGUUUACCUAUAGAUAUUCAGGAAAAUAUAAAAGAGUCACUUAAAAGAAGAAAUUCCAAAGAACUAGCAGAAAGGGCACUUUCUGUUCCAGUUUCCUUAUCUUUAACUCCAGUUCUUCCUGCACCACCUCCUCCGCUCAUUCCAUUAUCUUUAAAUAAAGACAGUUUUGAAAGUCAAAGCAAUUCUCCAAGUGGUACUAUUAAACGGAAAUCAGAUGUUAUUUCCGAGAAUAAAAAUAACGUAUUAUCCGAGUUGUUGCCUCUUGGUAAAGAAAAUGUUAAUAAUGAGGACAGCAAUGAAGCCAUAAACAAUACCCAAACUCGAGUAUUGGAAGAAAAAGAUACUUUAAAACAAAAAACAUCUAAACUAUCUCCUCAAGCAAUACAGACAAGGUUCAUCCCACCCCAGUUUGAAUCACUGCCGAAUUCGGACAUUAAUAUCAAGCCUUCGGAGUAUCUAAAGAAAUUAGCUAACAAAACUGCUCCUUCUUUUCCCAUUCCAAAAAUGGGACAAAUACCUAAAGAUGUUCUCGCAAAUUCCGAUAAAAACGCUUCUAAUAAUGAGUUAGAAGACAACAAAUUGUUGCCUAUGGUUACUGAACCCGUUUCAAAAAGUAGUCUAGCAAAGUCUGAAUCAGAAGAGCUUCGUGACAUCACAAAGAUCAACGAUAAUACAGACGCUAUAUCUAAUGAGUCCAAAACAAAUGACAGUGAAAUUAUACCACAAGUUCCUCCGCCACCUAGUGGACCACUUGUAAUUCCGCCUCCUCAGCCGAAUUUCGGUGUGACCAAAGAAGCACUACAGUCGGUUAAUUUAAAGAAAACUGAUAAACCAACAAAUACAGGGCGAACUAUCCUCCUACAAAAGAACGAGUCUAUCAAAGAUAAAAAAAACGACCUGAUAGCUGAACUUAAGAAAUCAAAAGACAUUCAUGGGGUUAAGAAAAUGAAAGAAGAACGUGUAAAACAGGAGCAAGAAGAGAUGCAGAAGAAAGCGUCGGAUAUUGCAAAACAAUGCACGACUGAAAGAUUUUUAGACAAAAUCCCCGAGGUCGACGCUAACGGAUGCCCUAUUCCACCAUGGAAGCGGCAAAUGUUGGCAAAGAAAGCUGCUGAAAACGCCAAGAAAGAAGCGGAAGAGCAAAGACUGAAGGAGGCAGAGCAGAGGAAAAUCAGUGCUAUUCCAGCUUGGAAGCGCCAUCUAUUGCUGAAAAAUGUAAUUCAAUCGAAUGCACCUUCAGAAAUUAUUCAAACUUCCCCUUCAUCGAACGUAGUGUCAAGCACUCCUGUUAUUAUAAAAAACAGUACGGAGACAAUUUCAGAAAAACAACUUAAUCGCAAUAUGGCACAAGUAACAGCAAAUUCUUUACCUGAGGAAAAUUACAACGAUGAAGACGAAAAACCUCACAAUCCUUGGUUACAGCAGUUACGGAAAACCAACUCAGAAUUUCGCUAAAAUUUUUUUUAGCAACACAUGUAAAAAAAUAAUUUAAUUUCUGAUUUAAUUAAAUGCAAAUAAUUGUAUACUGAAACCUAUCUAUAUACGAUAGGGAGUCUACUUAUUCACGUAUUAGUAGAUGGCAGCAGUGAAAAAGUGAUAUUUUCUGCAAGAUGAGUUAAUUAAGAAAUAAAUUCAGAGUAAAGUGAAUAAAUAUUUUCACGCAUUUUUCAUUUGCACUCACUAAAAUGACAGAAAUAUUCUUUUAAGUCAUUAAAAAUAACAGAAAUUAUCCAGAGCCGAGAACGAUAAAAUUUGCAUAUUUUUAACGUUAUUUAUCAUCUGCAAUAGUCAACUAUCAGUCGGAACGUUUCACUUGUUACGCUGAAGACAAACAAUUGUCGUACUGAUGUUCAAAUAUUUUCGGUGACAAUCUUUCCUGUAAUAAAAUUACUUUCUACCAAUUCAGUUUGAUAUACAAAGUAUAACAAUUUGUUCUUAACAGUUUGUAACGAUGUUAUCAUAGUUUCGUAAAAGAAAUUUGUUAGCAUUCCACAAAGGUAAACAUUCUUUGACUUUUUAAUGUUCUUUCAGAUGAAUGGAAAACUUUAAAUUUUUAUUAUAGGCAUAAUUACUUAAUAGAUUUCGUCCAGGACUUGGAAAAAGUAUUUUUUCUUUAAAACAUUUGUUAUGUGUAUUUGUGUGUAAAUAUGUAAUGCUUUUACAAUUAGCUUAUAACAGAGUACAGACAAGUUCUACAUUAAUUCUUUCUUUUUUUUUUACGUUUGUUUAAUGAUAUAGUUUUAAAUAUCACAUACAUUUGAAAUAUACGCGAACGUGGGUGAUGUACAAUUAACACGAUUUAGUGGCAGUGAUUGUUUUUAAAUAAUUAUAUCUUUAAAACAAUGUUCCCUAGGGGAACUAAGUUUUACCAGAGCCAUACUAAGAAUAAUAAGUUUUAUUCCGGAAAGUUUGGAUAUUGUACAAGGUGUUUUAACAAUAAAUAAACAAAUGAAACUUUCGGUGUGUUUAUUUAUUGACAUCCCAAAGGUUCAACAAAGUCUUGUCAUUAUGUUUUCACCAAGAUAUUUAUGGUUAGCAUGUACUAAUUAAAAAAAAUAAUUCAUAGACGGUGUUCGUUGUAACCAAUGUUUAUUCAGGACUAGUUUUCAAUUGGUAACUUGCAUAUUUGGUACGAACAAAAUAUUAAUAAACUUUGCAAGUCUUUGUAUAGAUUUAAAAAAAAAAGAAGCUUAUGCCAUACAAUUUAUAUGGUUUUGAUUAGCUCCUUCGCUUAAGUAUAAAACUGUGAAGAUAUUGAGUUGUGAAAAACUGAGACCAUGUUAUAAUAAAUGUUAUACAAAUUUCUUGGUAUCUGGAUAUUAAUUCAUUCAUCCGAAUACAAUGGCAGUCUUUCAAAACAUAAUAAUAUAAAUAACGAAAAAUAAAACAUACACACACCAAGAGAAAUACAUAAACUGCACUCAAGUUUAUCACAUUCUGCAUCCAUGACAUGGUAAGAACAAGAGUUCAAGAAUUAAUCCUUCCAUCCCAAAUUAUUUUCCAUCUAUGUAUUUUCAAAGCAUCUCUAAAAUAAUUACUUCUAUAAAAAAAAAGUAAUGGAAAUCACGUGUUUUUUUUAUGUUUCAAAGAUUACAAAACUCCAUUCCUAGGAUUUUCAAGUGAUGGUCUAACUCUAUUAACAGUAAAAACAUACUUAUGUAGUUUCAAAUACAAUUCAUGGUAUAUAAAAUGCUCAUUAGUCAACUGAUUCCUAAAAUUAGAAAUCAUUUUUAUAUAUCUACUGCCUGUUUAAAAAUCCCACAUAUUAAACAUUACUGAUCAAAAACAUACUUGAAGUACAAUAUUUUUGUUACUUUCUACAAACCUUUAAUAUGCAAAAUGCACACUUUUAAUGUCAUCAUAUAUGUGUGCCUGUAUUGUAAAAACUGGCAAAUACUAAUCCAGUCUUACCUCUAUCUCCAUUUUCCAAAUAUCAGAUUCACAUUUCUUCAACAAAUGUUUCAUAUAACUAAAACACAAUUUUAUGUUAACUUCUACAGAUAAUUAGUAACCAAAAUGCACACAAUUUUAAUACCUUCCAUUCUUGUUUUCCAAAUAUCAAAGAUUCACAUUUCUUCCACAAAUGUUUCAUAUAACUAAAACACAAUUUUAUGUUAACUU